GUGACGUCAUAUAAUUAGAGUAAAUACAAAGUAGACGAUGGUGCCAGAGGCGUGCUGUUUGUAAUACGGUGUGAUAAUUGUGAUUUUAAAAAUGGAUAAUAGUGCAGUUCAGCUGGUGGGAUCUCCUUGCGGUCAGCAUGGACCGUACACGUUUUACAAAGCGUUUAAAUACGUAAAAAAUGGAUUAAACCGAUUAGUGAAGUUAAGUGAGUUUUUCUUUGUAAAAUUGUGGACAGAUUCGGAUUUAGUGUGCAUUGGUGAAUUACAACUGUUAUGGAUUGAUAAAAACAGUGAGCAAGUGUUAUCGAGUUUGCGACUUUAUUUUUUGCCCGAAAAUACACCGGAAGGCCGGAUGGAUCACGGAGAGGUGAGUCGAUUAUACUGGAUUAAAUUGAAUGGAAAUGUUAUGUAA